GCAGCGGCACGCCCCCAGCAUGGAUACAGAGAGCAGGAACAGGCGCUCCGGAGACACGCUCACGGUUCUGUGCGGGAGAGUCGGAGCCGAGAUGGGAGUUAACACCUCGGAGCCGGGAGAAUGAUCCUGUUUGGCGCUUUGUAGCGGAAUAAGCAGAGUGCGCUGCUUUUGCUGUGCGCGUAAAGGGAGGUGUGCGCUGGUUUGUGUAAGAGGCGUUUCUCUCACAGGAUGUGGGUGAUACUGGAGGCCGGUGGGUAAGAUCAUAAACUCAGAUGAGAACCACCUCCUCCUCCUUCAGCUGUGCUACACAAAGGGAACCACGAAACAAACUACUUUUCAGCGCCUCAACAGUCGCGUUCAUUUUGAAUGUCAGUGAUCAGCGGGAGGGGCUUUUUAAAAGACAAAAUGGAUCACUUUGCAGCAGAGUGCCUUGUCUCCAUGUCCCACCGCGCAGUUGUCCACGCGCCUAAAGGGAACCGAGAGAUUAAGCCUGAGCUCCCGUGCUCACCGAAGCCCGGGGAGGACCUCAAAGAGCCUCUGGUGAGGGACAACUCCUCGCUUUUCGUCGUAGCGAGAAUUCUGGCAGAUUUCAACCAACAACAGACUCCAGCUAACAAUGUUGCUGCUAUUGAACAGGCUAAGAUGAUAAAGGAUGACAGCACGAACCUCAGAGAUGAUGAUGGAAACUCUGCCACACCUACCACCAUCUCCGACCCCGCGCUCAAACAAAGAGGCAAAAGGAGCCGAGGGCGCAGUGAGCUCGAAACGCCGCAGAAAAAGCACAAAUGCCACUAUUCAGGAUGCGAAAAAGUUUAUGGAAAAUCGUCCCACCUCAAAGCCCAUCUAAGGACACACACAGGUGAGCGGCCGUUCCCCUGCACUUGGACAGACUGCAGUAAGAAGUUUGCGCGGUCCGACGAGCUGGCGCGGCACUACCGUACCCACACCGGGGAGAAGAAGUUCGGCUGCCCACUCUGCGACAAGCGCUUCAUGAGGAGCGACCAUCUGAUGAAGCACGCCCGCCGCCACUCCGACUUCCACCCCGCCAUGCUCAAACGCAACCACAACACCCGGCCCAGCUCCGUCAGCGACUACAGCCGCUCCGACGCCUCUAGCCCCGCCCUCAGCCCUGCCCACAGUCCCACCCCCAGCCCCGCCAGCUCGCCUUAAACUCUUGCACUUUCUGCCUCCUCAUGAGAGGCCCGUUCCUUCAUCAAACUUGUGUUGCACAGGACUCGCCCCCUGCUACCCCUGCACUGCUGUGGUGUACCAUUCUGUACAUAAUGCUUAUGGUAGUGCACUGGCCUGUGUGAUAUGUAAAGAGGACAACACACGCCCCAUUUCCACUGUUCAGUACGGAGAGCAUUCCAACGCCAACUACGACUUUCCCAAAGCUGCUCCGAAUUACACCAUCACACAGAGGCUUUAGGCUGUAGAUCCUUCGGAAAAGACGGAGCUGAACAGUUCAAUGUGUUGAUUAGAUCACACAUAAUGAUAAGUCUUAAAGAGGAACACCAUCAAAUGGAAUAUAUAAAAUAUAUUUUACAAUAAAAGUAUGUGUUUACAGUUACAGUUGUGUACGGCUAUGACAUAACUGUACUCUCAAACCGCCGUCACAGUUUUCUAUUGGACCAUGAGGUAUAAUGCGGCCCGUUGGGGGUGGGGGCUAGUACCGUGUUGUUGGCCUGGACCGUACCCUGCAGUGGAAACAGUCUGCUGCCCUCUGUAGCCACGGUCAGUUCUGCUCCCAUCACAGUGAGAGGUUCCACUGAACAUGAAGCACACCAGACACAGUCGUAUCAUUUCCCAUGGUCUCGUGUUGAGUUGAACAGGGAGGAGCGGGGCACACACACCUCAGGACCGACAGUUUUAUAAAAUACACUUCUCAUUUUCUCACAGUGACUGCACAAGAGACUGAUCACUUUACAGUCGACGGAGACGUCGCCCCACUCAGGGAAGGCCUUUAGCUUGAAAGAAUGACCCAUCCACAUCCAUCCACACCCAUCCACACCCAUUCACACCCAUCCACACAUAUCCACACCCAUCUACACCUAUCCACACACAUCCACACCUAUCCACACACAUCCACACACAUCCACACGUAUCCACACACAUCCACACACAUCCACACACAUCCACACACAUCCACACACAUCCACACGUAUCCACACACAUCCACACACAUCCACACACAUCCACACACAUCCACACCCAUCCACACCCAUCCAGACCCAUCCAGACCCAUCCAGACCCAUCCAGACCCAUCCAGACCCAUCCAGACCCUCACCCUCCUUCACCCUUAUUCACUCUCCUUCACCCUCACUCGUCCUCACUCGCCCUCUCCUGUUGGAUUCUGUUCAUUCUUCUCACACACAUUACGUCCACUGUCCUGUUCAUGUUGAGUCCAGUUUUGUUUUGUACUGUUUAAAUGUCCCACAAUGAAGAGCCUGUUUUCGUCUGAGCCUCAAGCGUCUGCACUGGGCCAUGACUUUAAAGAGGCACGUUCACUUUAUGGGAAGUGACUUGUUUAAAGCAGCUGUAGUCGCUUUGAAUUAGCCAUGAACCACAGCUCGUAUCGUUCAGUGGACAAAACCUGAGAAACACAGAGGACACUACCAAAGACUGUGAGAGAGUGAGCAGCACGAGCCACAGUAUUUACAUCAUCAAAGAGGGCCAAACACAUAUCUACUGCAGGACAGUGCCCUGUUUAAGGGGCGUUAUCAGAGCCAGAGCAGCAGAGGAGUGGCUCCUCUGUCUCUGAGCUAACGCUAAAAGAGCUGCCUGUGGGAAAAGGCCUGUAAUUAGAGGGGUGAUUCAAAUGCAGAGCUGAGAGAAGAGCGGGUGUAUAACCCAGACAAAGCUCACAGUCUGAGGGGGAUGUACCAACUUCUGCAGGCAUCAGAUUUCACAAGAAUAAUGUAGGUCCACACGACAGCACUGUUAGCACAGAGCGCGCUCACUGCUGCUUUAAACCUGCCUCUUCCAUCAGGGCUCGCACCAGCCCUGUGAACCUCUGUGUCCACACACACGCCUCAAUGGGUCAGACUAAAGCCACAGGCAAACUCCAGUGAAGGCUCCACUAUCCAAACUGAUGCAGCCUCUUCUCAGAGCUGUGCCUGUGUUUCCCAGAAUGCAUCAGUAGUAUGCUCUGAUGGCCUCUUCUUCAUGUGGUUAGAUUUGACCAUAGAGUCCAUCCCACAGUCUCCACAGUUCUGCUUUAAUGCAUAUCAACUACUUGGUGAAUAGCGGGCGCUGGGAGGAGGUCAGCAGGUGGGCAUCAUGAAUGGUGGGCUUUGUGCUCCACAGCAUCUCUCUUUGUGACAGAAUCUCCUCAGUCACUUCUCCAAGAACAGCCCCUUUUAGACCCAAUGCAGUGGUUUGCCACAGAGCCAAGUCCUCACUACACAGUUUCCUGCUCGCAGGAUGACAGUCUGAAUGCUACAGCGCUGCUCCGGUGGAGAGACGCACACAUGACUACACACACAGUUACACAGUGUGUUACACACUUGUCUAAAGACUUUAGGUUUGAGUCCUUCACGUGCUGCUGAGCAGCCUGUGUGGAGACGCCUCUUUAGUUUGUUUAAACAGCAGUAGUUUACCUUGAGUCGGUGUAAUCAUUGUUAGUUGGUAUGGCACAGUUAGCUCAGGGCCAAAGUGCACAUGGCUUUACCCACACACAGGAGUGUGAGGGUGCCCACUGCGGGGCAGUGGCACCACCACCUCCACCCACUUAGCUCUCCGCCUACACCCAUAGACUCAUUACAGUACACAGUAUACUGUAUACAGUCUAUGUCCACAGACCGGCCUCAGUCUGACCUGAGACACACCACAGCUACUUGAAUAAUUCAGCCUCUGUUCACUCUCUCUGUCCACUCUCUUUGCUCAUGUCCCUCUGACCAUCAGCUCUGUCCAGUCUCAUACUAACAGUGUCUUCAGGUAAUGUCCGCCAUCUAUUGACUCUCUUUAUCCUGUACGGCUGAGGACUCACCUGUGCAGGUGAGCCGUCACCCAUACGGCUUCUCUCUGAUGUCAGCGCCUUGGGCUUUUCUGGAGACACAGCUCCUGCCACAGAUCUGUUCUUUAUUUAUGUUAAUCAUAAAGAGUUCAUAACCUCGUGAAUGAGAUGUACAGGUGUAAGCAUUUUUAUUAUGUUUUGGUUUGAUUCAUUGAUGUGUAAUUUUGAUCAUACCUCUAAUAAUCUGUUUGUUCUUUAGAACCAUGAUGUAGCGUUCAUGUUCGGACUGCAGCUCUGAGCUGCGACGUCACGUCCUGCAGACAACCUCAGGACCAUGUUUUAUAUUGUUUUUUUUAAGAUGUCAAAUGUAACUUUUACACAUUCACCAAACUGUAACAAUCGUCUCCAGUUCCAGCCAAUCAGAGGAGUGUAAAUACGUCAUUGUAAAAAUAAAUUGAUGAUUUUCUAGAACUAACCCAGUCGAGACAGAAACGCCACAUUAACCCCAGACACAACCCUGUGUGUGCCAAACUCACACAGUACCACCUGACCCUGAGGUGACCUUUGACCUUUAACCUGUACAGUUUUCUAAAGCAUGUUACGUUGUACAGGUUUGGGGCUGUGUUUUUCGUGCGCAGAUUCCCAGCUUAUGGAUUGUGUGGUUUAGUUUUAUUUAAUUUGUGCCGUACCAUACCAAGCUAUGUAUAACUCUACAAAGAUCCGCCCAUCAUUCCAAAGGACAGAUGAACAUAUUCGCUCUUGAUGUGCUGCUUUGGUCAGAAAUAGUACUAUUGUCGUAUCGUGUGAUCUCGUAGAAAGUUGUGAACACGGUACCUUUGUAAUGUCCACGCUUCCUUUCGACGCGUUUCUCCUCGUCUCUGUAGUGUGCAGUUUAUAAAGCUAAUAGACCAGCGAACAUGCAAUAUUAGUUUGACAGCUUCACCACCUUCUCGAGCUGAAGAUAAAGAAUGAUUUCGAAUGGGGAGGAGCUUCGUACCUGGCUCCGGUUCCAAAUGAUGUUACCAAAGUUUUGAAGGGAAAGUUGAAUGUCUCAGAAUGCAGAUGUGUUGUUGCUAUGGACCUUUUUCUAUAAUGAACAAACCAGUGUAAUGAAAGUGAGUGCGUGUUAGGUAGGCCUGCUCCUAUCGCUCUGUUUAGCGCUAAUUGUACAAAGCUUCCUGGAGUGUUUCUUCUUUAGAACCUACAGCUCAGCAAAUAAAUCAAUUUUAAAGAGCCUGUAUUACCCCAUGUUCUGAUCUCUGUUCUAAUGGUGUUUCCUCAUCGUAAACAGACCUGGAGUUGUGUUUUGUUCUUCUCUCGAACUGAAAACACUCUGUUCCACCUUGUGAUGUCAUCAUGUGGUAAUACAGGAAGUGCUCCACUGUUUUAAACUCCAUACACCUUCACUAGAAUCAUUUCAGUCCUGGAAUUGCCAAUCUCUACAGAACAAAAGGUAAAAGGAGCUGUUAACUUGAAAACUACCACUUCAUGACAUCACAAGGUGGAACAGAGCAUUUUGAGCUUUGGAGAUGUAGACAGACUAAUAAUAAAGUGUUACUCAAACAUGUGUGAAUGAAACAAAACACAACUCCAGGUCUGUUUUUGAGGAGGUAACAGCAUUAGAACACGACUUAGAGCUACAAGAGUCAGUUUUGUUUGAUACAGGACCUUUAAAAUAGGGUGACCACUGUUUAGACUCACCUAUCAUUGUUGCCAUGGCAAAAAAAAAAAAAAAAUCCUGGAUUCUAAUUAUGUAUAUCUAUACUGUGUCACCUUUCCCCAUGUAUUUUAAUUUACAUUGAUUCAAAGUUAAUUUUAACAUUAAAUGUCAAAAUAAUCCUUUUAAGAUAUAUACGCUUAUUUAACGUAAAUUGUUUACGUAAUAUAUUUAUUUAAAGUCAACUUUAUUUUGUAGAAAUGUUUCUGCCUUCUAAGAUCUUAACUUAACAACUCAUAUCACAUUUUGAACCCAAGUGCAUUUGGCAGCCAUUUUGAAUCAGAUUAGUUUAAUUAGCCCCGCUCGUGCUUGCAGUGGUCACCCUGACGAUUGUCCUCGGGUGCAGCAGCUUUGGUCCGUAGCGGUUCGUGUGUACCUCAGUGUGCUGCUGUGUCCCUGUGUCUCUGCCCGUCACCAUCAGUUGCCUGUGUAUGACCAUGGUGCUGCUGUCGGCGCCAUUUGAACCCACCCGUGUAAAUACUCCACUCAGCUAUGGCCAGUACAUUUUCGGACCUCACAAAUCUUCAGGUGUCAAGGACUUUUUUCCAGUUUCAAGCCAAAAUCACCACUACUACAAAGUGUUACAGUUGUACAGAGCCGGUUAUGUCACAUGUGCUCCUGUACUGGUCCUAGCUGCUCUGCUGUAUCUUUCUAUGGCAUUAUUUUUUACGUUAGACGAUAUAUAUGGUGAAAAUGUCCUAUGCAACUAUAAAAAUAAGAUUGUUGAAAACUGUAUGUUGUCAUAACUCGUAUGCAUGAAAUAGUGAAGUUUACAUUUGUAAAUAAAUUCAUAAAAUAAGUGGAGA